GACUUGGCUUAUACAGGACCUCUCAGCUUCGCGCACUUGCCCUACACCCGUUGCCUCGAUGACUCUUCUGAGGUGUUUGACAUUGCCAUCUUGGGUAUGCCGUUCGAUACGGCUACUUCGUACCGACCUGGCGCCCGCUUCGGUCCUGCGGCAAUCAGGACUGGAUCCCGACGUCAAAACACUGAGUGGGGACACGAUCUCAGCUGGGGCGUGAACCCCUAUCUGUCUCUAAAGGUGCAAGAUUGUGGUGACAUCCCUCUCAGCCCGUAUGACAAUGCUCUCGCUGUCGAUCAGAUUGAGACGGCAUAUACUACACUUAUUUCGCGCCCUGUCAAUUCUUCCGUUUCGCGAACAGCUCAUUUAGCUCGGGACGCCGUUGAGCAUCCAAGGAUCAUUGCGUUGGGCGGGGACCACACAAUCGUCUGGCCGAUCCUUCGAUCCUUGCACAAAGUCUACGGACCCAUCUCUGUCAUUCACUUUGACGCGCACAUCGAUACGUGGCCUAACCUCGACGGCGGUUUCUCAGAACAGUCGAGGGUCACUCAUGGCACCUUCUUCACCCUGGCUUACGAGGAGGGCUUGAUGUCCAACACAAGCAUUCACGCGGGUAUUCGGACGAAGGUGCAGGGCCCGCAAAUCAUCGAUCACGACGAGCAAGUAGGAUUUGAGCUGCUCCAUGCUAACGAUCUCGACGACUUUGGGACGGACUACAUCGUCGAGCAGAUCCGGGAACGCGUUGGUAACAGCCCGGUCUACCUGAGCUUCGACAUCGAUACCAUUGACCCUGGGCAAGCACCAGGAACUGGCACUCCCGAGCCAGCAGGAUGGACGAGCAGAGAAACCAAGCGCAUUCUCCGAGGUCUCACAGGCUUAAACCUAGUAGGCGCCGACAUUGUGGAAGUGGCUCCUGCAUACGAUAAUGCCGACACGACCAGUAUCAUAGCCGCCGGGCUCGUCGACGACUUCCUCGCCUUGCUCGUGCUCGAAGAACCACCCCAAGCGCGGGCUUCGAAGCAUCGCAGAGGCAAACACACUGUGUUAUAGGACAUUCAAAAACCAAAAUAUCGCUACGUCGGUGGAGUUUGGCGUCAA